AAGGAAAUGGCUAAUGAAACCGAGCGCAGAUACGAGACAUGAAAAGGAAACUUGUUAUAUUUUUACAGUAACACGGUGUCAUUUUCAUUUCACAAACGAGUGGGGUCAUUGUUCACAUUUAAGGAUACCGACUGUCUCUGUAGUUGUACCAAAAGGUGUUAAUUACAGCUCUUAUGAUAGUUUUCUGCCUCCCCAACCGAAGUCGUUUGUAUUAAAUAGAGAAUGGAGGAGAGCCACAAGAAUAUUCUUCGGCGCAACAGGACCAACCUCGUGAAAGACUUGGACCCAUCAAACCUCUAUGAUGGCCUUCUGGAAAAAGGAGUGUUUACCCAUGACAUGAUCGAUGAGAUAAAGAGCGCUGGGACCAGACGCAACCAGGCUAGAGAGUUGGUGCGGGACUUGGAGACCCGUGGGAGUCGGGCCUUUCCGUUAUUUCUGGAGUGCCUUCAGGAGACGGGUCAGCACAGUUUGGCAGAGCUUCUUCAGAAUGGAGCUCCAGCAGUUAAAAUACAGCCUGCAACUCCAACUCAGGUCGACCGCCCUGUUGUUCAGCCUCUCCCAAUUACCUCUCCUAUGUCCAGUGUUACUGUCUAUCCAAUGCCAAGACCCAGCCCUACUUCCAGUCCAUCACCUGAAAGUCAGGACAUAAGACCAAGGCCACCAGUAAGAACUCGACGGGAUAGCAUCCAGAGCUAUAAAAUGGACGCCAGCCCAUGUGGACAUUGCCUCAUCAUAAACAAUGUAGAGUUUGAUCCCGAGAGCGAGCUGAGCAGUCGCAAAGGGUCCAACAUAGACUGUGAGAAGCUGGAGAAAAGAUUUAAGGCUCUCAACUUUAUUGUGGAAGUUAAGACAAACCUGAAACAAAAACAAAUCAAACAUCAACUGUCAGCUCUAUCGAAGAAAGACCAUUCACAGUAUGACUGCUGUGUGGUUAUCAUGCUGUCCCACGGGACUGAGGUGAGUCACAGCCGCUUCCCCGGUGCCGUGUAUGGUGUGGACGGACAGUUUGUUCCAGUUCAGCACAUCACAAACUACCUAAAUGGCCAGCAUUGUCCAUCUCUACAGGGCAAACCCAAACUUUUCUUCAUCCAGGCCUGUGGAGGAGGUGAAAGAGACACAGGCUUCGAGGUGUCCCCUGAUGAGGUUGAACCAUCCACUGGUGGAGCGGAUGAUCAGACAGACGCCAUUCCGAUGUCAUCCAGCAGCGACUCUCUGAGCAUGUCUGACGAAGUGGACGCCAGAGCCACGCUGCCCACCCCGAGUGACAUUCUGGUGUCCUACUCUACUUUUCCCGGUUACGUUUCGUGGAGAGACACUCAGUCGGGCUCCUGGUACGUCGAGACACUCGAUCGCAUCCUUGAGGAAAACGCUGCCACUGAUGACUUGGUUACAAUGUUAAUGAUGGUUAACCAUGAAGUCUCCCAAAACUCUGCAAAAGGGCUCUACAAGCAAAUGCCUGGUUCCUUUAACUUCCUCCGCAAACUUCUCCACUUUCAAACCCAAGCGUAGCCGUCUGCGGAGUUCAGCUAUAAACUACUUAAUUUAACUUUCAGGGAAUGUUAGUCUAUUUCAAUGCCAUAAGGCAUGACUGUAAUAUGUUGGGAUUAUGCCUCAGCAGGGGUGCAAAGUGUAUGAAUUUUCUAAGCUGCGGUUAUACUUUUACAGACACACAAUCAUGUCUUACUGUACAUUUUUACCAUUUGUAAUGACUUGCUGUGGGUUUUUUUUUUUUUUCUACAUAAGCUUUUUGGGUGUAAGUGUCAUCUGGGAAAGAAAAUAUUUAUGUACUGUGAAAAUGUGGUUCAGAUUAGUUAUUUUUUUUUAAUAUUCAUGGUGUCUUUUUGAAGCAGCAGCUGUCAAAUUUCAAGAGCAGACAAUCAGCAUAGCAUUGAAUUUGUACUCUGUAAGUUGAUAUAAAAGAUUUUGCUCACUCUUA